AGCUCGGGCCGCGAGUGAGGUGGUUGGAGGCGAGGUGGGGGCGGCCGUUUGUUUUCUCGUGGUCUCGAACUCGCGCGUUCUCUUCUUUCCCCGCGGCGAGCGGCGGGGCGGAGAAACGGCGGCGACGGCAGCAGGAGCAGCUGUAGCUUCGGACACCGUCCUGUGCCUUUUCCGGCGAAUGGUUCCUCUUCCCCCUCCCUCUCACUGUUUGUUGUGUGUUUGGUGUGUUAAAGCAGGAGCGAGAACGCGAGCAGCGCCAUGAGCAACACUACCAUCGUCCCCAGCACUGCGGGCCCGGGCCCCAGCGGCGGGCCGGGGGGCGGAGGCGGCGGCGGCGGAGGCGGCGGCACCGAGGUAAUCCAGGUGACUAAUGUCUCCCCGAGCGCUAGCUCUGAGCAGAUGCGGACCCUCUUCGGUUUCCUAGGCAAGAUCGACGAACUGCGCCUCUUCCCGCCUGAUGAUUCGCCUUUACCAGUCUCCUCCCGAGUCUGCUUUGUUAAGUUCCAUGAUCCGGACUCAGCAGUUGUGGCACAGCAUCUGACAAACACUGUAUUCGUUGACAGAGCUUUGAUAGUCGUACCAUAUGCAGAAGGAGUUAUUCCUGAUGAGACUAAGGCUUUGUCUCUGUUGGCACCAGCUAAUGCAGUGGCAGGUCUUCUGCCUGGUGGUGGACUCCUGCCUACUCCUAACCCACUUACCCAGAUUGGCGCUGUUCCAUUGGCUGCUUUGGGAGCUCCUACCCUUGAUCCUGCCCUUGCUGCACUUGGGCUUCCUGGAGCAAACUUGAACUCACAGUCUCUUGCUGCAGAUCAGUUGCUGAAACUUAUGAGUACUGUUGAUCCGAAAUUGAAUCAUGUCGCUGCUGGUCUUGUUUCACCAAGUCUGAAAUCAGAUACCUCUAGUAAAGAAAUAGAGGAAGCCAUGAAGAGAGUACGAGAAGCACAGUCCCUAAUUUCUGCUGCUAUAGAACCAGAUAAGAAAGAAGAAAAACGAAGACACUCAAGGUCAAGAUCACGUUCUAGGAGGAGGAGGACUCCCUCAUCUUCUAGGCACAGGCGGUCAAGAAGCAGAUCCAGAAGGCGAUCACAUUCUAAGUCAAGGAGUAGACGACGAUCCAAAAGUCCAAGACGGAGAAGAUCUCAUUCCAGAGAGAGGGGUAGAAGGUCAAGGAGCACAUCAAAAAACAGAGAUAAAAAGAAAGAAGACAAAGAAAAGAAACGUUCCAAAACGCCACCAAAAAGUUAUAGCACAGCCAGACGUUCCAGAAGUGCUAGCAGAGAGAGACGACGACGAAGAAGCAGAAGUGGUACAAGAUCUCCUAAAAAGCCUAGGUCUCCCAAAAGAAAAUUGUCUCGUUCACCAUCCCCUAGAAGACAUAAAAAGGAGAAGAAGAAAGAUAAAGACAAAGAAAGAAGCAGAGAUGAAAGAGAGCGAUCCACAAGCAAGAAGAAGAAAAGUAAAGAUAAGGAAAAGGAACGGGAAAGAAAAUCAGAGAGUGAUAAAGAUGUAAAACAGGUUACACGGGACUACGAUGAAGAGGAACAGGGGUAUGACAGCGAGAAGGAGAAAAAGGAGGAGAAGAAACCAGCAGAACCAGGUUCUCCUAAAACAAAAGAAUGUUCUGUGGAAAAGGGAACUGGUGAUUCACUAAGAGAAUCUAAAGUGAAUGGGGAUGAUCAUCAUGAAGAAGACAUGGAUAUGAGUGACUGAACCAUGCCUCUGUGGGAAUCUAACUGUGUACAUGCAUCAGUGUCAUUCCUGUGUGAUUUCUUAAUGCUGUAUUUGUUCAUCUCAAACCUAGAUGUAUACAGCUCUGAGUCAUAAAUGGUUAUAAAGCUCCUGAUGUUGAUAUUAGUUAUUUACAUCCAAAAGCUUUUAGGAAAAUGAUACAGGGGUAACCAAUUCGUGACAGGGUGAAAUCUGAUUGAGUAACCAAGCAGUUUUACUAUCCUGGUGCUGCUUCAUAACAAAAAUGAAAAGCUGCAUGCAUCUACAGCAGGCAUGGAUUGUUUAUGUUGUAUGAUCUCCUUUAUUAAGUAAGUUCACUUAUAGUAUUUCUAGAAUUUGAUUCAUUGCCGUAAUAGAGCCAUGUAGGGAAUGCACUGAUUGCAUGUUUAUUGUGGCAGGAAUAUCCUAAAUGUCAUUAAAAUCCUUCAACAUGAUGGAUCUACUUAUGGUCGUUUGUUGACAUGACAAAUUAACCUCCUUAUAGUUACAUCUGGAAAUGAGCAUUUGAAAUAGAUAAUCCUUUAAGCCUUGUGGCUAAAUUUUUGUGGCUUUUGUUUAACUUUGAAAGGUUAUAUAUGCACUAACCUUUUUUGAUGGCUAUAAUUAGGCUUUAAUUACAGAAACAAGAUUUCAAAUGACUGUCUUUGGCAGUAAGUAAAUAGCAUAUUUUGAAGUAGAGUUGUAUACUUUUUCAUAAGGUGUUUGGGAAUUUUUUUUCCUAAAAUAAUUUAUUCCACGUCUACAUCAGUGACAGCUGUUUGCCUAUCCUGAAGUCCAUCCGUAAAAGAAAGUUAGCUUUUGUCCUGAGUUUGUUUUCCACACUUUUAUUAAUUUGUUUUAAUCUCAUUGUUGGAAAAGGGGGAUAGUGCAUUUUAAAUUGACCUUCAUAUGCUUUUAAAAAUAAGACAAAUCUACUUGAUAAUGUACUUUUUAUUUGAUCUCAAGUUGUAUAAAACCAAUAAAUUUUGUGUUACUGUUACUGCAGUAGUAAUUUUAUGCACACAGUGAUUCCAUGUUAAAUGCAAAGUAGUUAGGCAACUGUUUUCUUACAGGAGUUUCCAAGCUUUACUUUUGUGCAGUAAAAACAAAAGUAGGCUACAGUCUGUGCCAUGUUGAUGUACAGUUUCUGAAAUUGUUUUACAUGACUUUGAUAAUAAAACCCUUAAACUUAUGUUUAUGUUCUGUAAAAACGUAUUUGUAUUUAUUUACAUUGUUGAAUGUAUGGCAUUUACCUCACUCAUUUUACAAAUCAAGUUCUUUCUCCUUGCAGACCACAUAUUUUAAUAUAGCAGUAAAAUGAAAUCCAUCGGUAGUGAUUAGUUGCCAUCAGAAUUGUCAAAAUUAGUUUAAUUUCUAAAACAGUCUUUUUAAGUGUAAUUUUAUUUCUUAUAUUUUGGGUGUAGGAUUUGCGUUGAGUCAAGCAAUGAACUUUAGGAUAAACAAAUGAUCCCACCUAUAUUUAGUAAAUUUAUAUUUUUGGUGAAUAUAAACAUAACUUUUCUGGAAUAGUAUAGAAACUCAAUGGUAUGUAUCUACUGUACAGUACUAAAUAGUAUAUUUAUUCAUUUAUGAAAUGAGUAGUGUUUGAGUGGCUGGGAUUAAGGGGAAAGUGAGACUUGGAAUUGUAGCUUUUAUCCAAGUUGGAGUAUGAUUUUUUUUUUUUAAUCUUUUAAAAUUGCAAUGCCGUAUAGAAAAGCACCAUUGUUUUUACAGUUUGUAGUAACUUUUUAAAGAUUUUAUGGAAAGGAAUUUUGUCUAUAGUAAGACAUUGUAGUAAUGGUCCGAAUAAUCACUGCAUUUUU